AUAGUCCAGGUGAGUCGACGGUGUGUAUCAGUACAGCCAGGAUUACCGCAGGUAAAACACCUGGACAUCUGACACAAGUAUCUUACAUGAAUGGACGGUAAAACGAUGCUGCUUUUACUUCUAACUGCCCUGGCUGCAGUAUCAGAGGCCCAGACCGACUGCUCUCGAGGAGCUUGUUACCCCCGAAGCAGCGACCUGCUUGUGGGUCGUUCUGAUCAGUUCCAUGCGUCAUCCACCUGUGGUCUGACGGCCCCCGAGAUCUACUGCACACCUUACCAACAGAGGGCGAUGAGGUGUUGUCCAUGUGACUCCAGAAAUCCAGAUGGUCCGCUGGCACACACGUUACAGGAAGUUCUCUCCACUGCUGGACCAGAGAGAUGGUGGCAGUCUCCGAAAGACCUCCAUCCGGUCAUGCUUCAGUUGGACUUCAACAAUGUCUUCAAGCUGGACAACUUAAUGCUCAACUUCAAGGGACCACGUCCCAAUGCCAUGGUCGUGGAGAAGACCAUGGACAACGGCAGGACGUGGCAGCCGGCCCUCUACGUGGCCGCAGAUUGCCAGAAAUAUUUUCCAGACGUUUCCACCGCCAGUCCUGUUACUUUGGACCAAAUCUACUGUUACAAUCUGCCCCCUAUUGGAAACAACCCAUAUCAAGAUCAUACAGUGGAGAUCAGUCCGUUGCGUCAAUAUUCCUACGUUCCAGUUCCCACCAACCAGAAGAUUAAAGAUGUGUCCGCCUUAACGGGCCUGAGGUUAAAGCUGACCGAUUUGGGCGAUGUGCCGCGUCUACCAGGCCGAGCCCUCAGUAGGUUUUUCGCGCUGAAGGAGAUGAAGGUGAUGGGCAGCUGCCUGUGCCAUGGACAUGCCAGCCACUGUCUGCUGGAGGCCAACAAUAAGGUCAGCCCUCAGUGCGACUGCCAACACAACACUGCUGGCAUCAACUGCGAGCGCUGUGACGACCUCUACAACGAUCUACCGUGGAGACCUGCGGAGGAGAGCAACACGCACACCUGCCAACGUUGCGAGUGUAACAACCAUGCCCAACGCUGUCAUUUUGACCCGGCGGUGUACGAAGCAAGCGGGCGGAGGGGUGGCGGUGUGUGCGAGGGAUGUUUGCACCACACCAUCGGCCCAAAGUGUGACCAGUGUGCUCCCGGAUACCAGCAGAACCCUCAAAGCCAGAUGGAUCGUCCCGAUGCCUGUUUGCGUUGUGUGUGCAGUUCGGAAGGGACGUUUAACGGUGGUCAGUGUGAUGACAACACAGGUUUGUGUUCGUGUAAAGCCAACGUCGAAGGCCAACGCUGCGAUCGCUGCAAAAUGGGAUAUUACGGCCUUUCUGCUUCCAACCCUCUGGGUUGCUCAAAGUGUUCGUGUUCCACAGAGGGAUCGCUGUCGGAUGUUUGCGACGCAGUGACAGGUCAGUGUCAGUGUCGGCCAUACUUCCAUGGGCCGAGGUGUGACGCGUGUGCACGAGGAUACUGGAAACCUCACCUGUCACAGAGCUGCCAACUCUGCAGCUGUGACCCCACUCGGUCGUUUGGCGAUACCUGUGACCAGUUGACAGGACAGUGUCAGUGCAGGCCAGGCUUUUCAGGCCGGACUUGUGGCGAGUGCCCCCCCAACACGUAUGGAGACCCUCUCAUGGGCUGCAAGCCUUGUAUGUGCAAUCCUGAAGGCACUGAAGUUUGUGACAAGCAGACAGGAAGCUGUUUGUGUCGUCUUGGCGUCACAGGUGCUCGCUGUGACUCAUGCAGUCGAGGAAGAUGUGAUUCGUACCCUUCCUGUCAGGCGUGUCCCUCCUGCUUCUUCUCCUUGGAUUCGCAGCGACAAUCCCUCAGUUUAGCUCUGAAGGGAUUCACCCCGGCAAUAGGUCCUUCUCCAGGAGGUUCUGGUGACCUUGGACAGUUUGAGCCUCGAUUUAGAGCCCUGGAAUCUCGUCUUAAUUUGAUUCAGGGCUCUGUUUCCCUUCCGCCCCUUUCUUCCAGAAAGAUUGAUGAUGCUCGGUCCAAGCUAAACAAAAUAAGAGACCAGAUGGACGACUUGAAUGACGACCUCUCACCUCUGGCAAAAAGAGAAGAUGUGAACAAAGAGCUUGACAACCUGAGGUCCCUGUUGGUCAUCCUGAGUGUGGAAUUCAAAGCCAAGAAAGAUGCCAUGGACAACUCUGUCAAUCCCAGCAACACAGGAGCUUUUUCUGCCAUCAAAAACGCCUACGAUGAUUCAACAGAUGCUGCAAAGAAAGUAAACGCCAGUAAGAACACGGUGAAGGAGUCGGCGGACGUCAGAGAGGAUACUUUGGAUCUUCAGAGAAAGGAGUACCAUAACAACACUCGAGAUAUUACCAAACUUAACCAGAGCAUGGCGGCCCGCCCGGACCUCACUCCUGUUGCUAAAAAGGUAUGUGGCAGUGUUCGGACCAAGCCCUGCACCCCACUGCAGUGUGAGGGGGACGACUUGUGUCCACCAGAGCCUACGUUGCCCUGUGAGAAGGACACAAAGUGCGUUGGCGCGCUUCCUCUGGCAAAGACGGCUGAUGCAGAUGUGACGGAAGCGAAAGAUCGACUGGAACAACUCAGCAACAAAAUCACAGAAGCAGCAGAGCAGCUCCUAAAAACACAAGAUGUCACCAAUGAUGUGAGACAGUCAUCGGGGGAUCUGUCCAAAAAGAUGACGCAGGCCAAAAACAACCUCAAAGGCGACUUACAAGAAGCAGAGGAUGUCCUGAAAGAGCUCAAAGACUUUUUGUCAGACCCUAAAUCCAACCUAAGUCACGUUCAGGAAGUCAGCGACUGGAUCCUGAAUACCAAACUGCCUCUGAGCCAACCAGCUCUAAAGAAGAAACUGGACGAUCUGAAAAAUCUUGCCAAGAACCUCCCAGACAGUACAUCCAUUUUAAAUCAAGCAGAACCACAGUUGGAUUCUGCCAAAAAACUAUUGAAAGACGCCGAAGAAGCCAGAGAUACAGCCAAGGGAGUGAAGGCCAAGGUUGAUAAACUUCUGGCAGGGUUCACCUCAGCGGAUGGCUUAAUUUCAGACAUGGAAGGCAGACUGCAGAAUAACAUGGAUUUUGUAGACGACUUGAACGCCAAGUUGACUAAGGCCAAAAACAACCUGAACCCAGCAGAGGAGACUUUAGAUGAUGUAUCAGAAAUGAUUGAUCCAACCAAACCUCAACUGGAUGAGCUCGAAGACUUGCUGCAGAAAAGCGACAAAGAUGCUGAGGACGCACAGAAUUUGGCCGACAAUGCUGGAGAAGAAGCAGAAGCUGCCAAUCAGGAGAUAUUGACGGCUCUGGAGGAGCUGGAUCGUCUUAAAGAUAAGGCUGCUACAGGGGGGUCCGGUGGAGAGGCGGGAGCGGGGGCCGAUCGGCUGGCGAAACUGCGGACCGAUGCUGUGGAGCUGACCAACACCACUGACAACAUGUUGGAUGCGCUGGAAGGAAAAGCAGAUUCCCUCAAGCAGUUGCAGGAUGAGAUCAUUCAGAAGUCAACAAAUCUUGAGGGCCUGGAAGACAAACUUAAAGGCCUUCUGGUCACACUUCGAAAGAAAGCCUAUGACCUGAGUACCUGCCAGGGCUAAGGACACCAAGCUGCCUGCCACAGAAGCACAUUUUUCCCAUAGGGUUUUAACAUAUUAAUUCACAAGUUCCAUGUCAGGAAUCUUAUUACUAUCAGUAAUCUAUCACCGCACUCAUCUGUGAACAUUAUUACUGCGUUAUUUAUUUUGUGUUGCUAUUGUUUCUGCAGAAUCCCUUAUAUUUGAAUAAAAGCUUUACUUACAAUACAUCACUGUGUGUUAC